AUGACAAAACAGCUCCACACCGAUCAUAACCACAACAUGAGAUAUUUUCUUGAUGUGACAGCACAAUUGGGUGAAAUGAUUUUUAGAUUACAGACAAAAAUUCGUGGAAGUGUAAAAAUUGGAAGAAAAAUAUUUUCCAAGGCUGUCGAAUUUUUAUGCGACGUUUUAUUAUGUGGAAAUUCCAUGAAUAUGCAUAAUGUUAUUUAA